AUGGUCAAAAACCCUCGAAAACGUCAAAAGACGGGCAAAAUCCAACCUGAACAGGUUCCGUUAGGUGCUAACCUCCACGAUGACGCCAGUAAAGACGACGAGGAGAGGCGUCUCGAAAAUAUGCUGUUCGGUGUCCCAUACGCUCCUGGGAAGGCUGGAAAGGAAAUCAUGGUCGUCUCUGAUGAGGAGGCAGACGAUGGCCAGCUUGAAGUGGGACGAGAGUUUGAAAAUUUGCUGGACUCGGAUCUUUUCUUCGUGGAUGAUAAUGCUGGACCAUCCGAGCUUAGCCAGGUUCCCCAAGACUAUGAACAGUCUGAUGCGGAAGAUGAUGAGGAGCUCAUAACACCGGAGAACCGAGAAAGAGAUGAAGACGAAGAAAUCUCCAUUAUUCGCGAGGACAUCCCCCAGCAACCCAAAAAACUCAAAGCUCCCGCAUGGACAGACCCAGACGAUGUAAACGUACAAGUCUCACUUGCUUCAAAUAAUCGUCUUCGCAAAUUGCGUGACGCGCCCUCUGACGAUACAGUGGGAGGACGCGAAUACGAGCGCAGAUUGCGCAGGCAGUUCGAACGUAUAAACCCAACCCCAGACUGGGCCUCCAUUGCGCGCAAGAAAAGCGAACGCGCAAAGAGACGACGAUCCUCGGCUUCUGGUUCUGAGAGUGGGGAGGAUGUCGUACCCGAGCUGCUGGCGUCAACGACCGGAAUUUUGGGGACUGCCAAGUCAAGACCUAUACCCCCGAGCACACUCUCCAUUGAGCGACUGCGAGAUGCCAACCAAGCUGCACCAGCGGAUGGUGAAAUAAAAACGGUUGCAUUCCAUCCUUCACCCCACAUUCCAGUCCUUUUGACCGCCAGUGCAGACCGUCGUCUGAGACUUUUCCACAUUGAUGGCCUCACAAAUCCUCAUGCCCAGACCCUUCAUGUCCCAUCGCUUCCUAUCACCAACGCCGUUUUCCACCCCAGCGGAACGUCCAUAUUGAUGACUGGUCCACGACCUUUCUACUACACUUACGACCUUCAGUCUGGGGCGUCCCACCGCUCACCUCGAGGUUUAUGGGGCACUACAUUCUCUUCUGGUCGCGGGGAUCAAGGCACGAGCAUGGAGAUUUCUUCCUUCAACCCAACAGGGGACAUUCUCGCCGUUGCGGGACGGCGAGGCCAAGUCCACCUUGUUGAUUGGCGAUCAGGUGCAGCGCAGGUCGUAGGCGAACUUAAGGCGAACGCGAACGUGAAGUCCCUGUGGUGGUCGAGGGCCGGAGCAGGCGAGCUUCUGGGCUUGACCGAAGACUCACAGGUUUAUGUUUGGAAUAUCGGGCAGCGCAAAUGCGUGAAACGGUGGCAAGAUGAAGGCGGGUUCGGUAGUCGAAUAUUUGGCGGAGACAGCCAAGGGAAAUAUUUGACCGUUGGUUCAAACACAGGUUUGCUAAACGUCUAUAAUGCAGAAAGUACGAUCGAUCUUGAGGGAGGCAAACCAAAGACUUUGAAGACGGUAGGGAACCUGACAACAAGUAUCUCGACGUUACGGUUCAAUCAUGAUUCCCAACUACUUGCAAUAGCAAGUAAUGUCAAAAAAGAUCAGAUGCGGAUAGUUCACUGCCCGUCGUUAACAGUGUUUGGGAAUUGGCCCACGUCAAGCACCCCUCUUGGACAUGUCACCUCUGUCGAUUUCUCCCGUGAGAGCGAGUACUUGGCUAUUGGCAACAAUCGCGGUCGUGUACUACUCUAUCAGCUGCGUCAUUUCUCACAGCAAUAA